AUGCAGAACCCCAGUCAGGCUCCCGAAAAGGCCGACCCCCUCCAUGUCUCAGGCCCCUCGCAGCAGUACGUGUACGACCCUUCACGGCAACAGUAUGUACAGCAUCCCUCGCUACAGCAACAGGUGUACGACUCCUCGCAGCCGUAUCCAUAUGAUUCCUCGCAGCCGUACAUACACUAUCCCUCGCAGCUGCAUCUGCUAGAUCCGCAGGAACAGCACCCUGCCCCCGCCUACAGUGCCGAGAACCCGCAUCACCCCUCGGGGCAGGGAUACAAUGGCUUCCUAGGCCCAUAUCCAUCGGGCCCAGGGCCGGUUCCUCUCGCCGACAAGCCGUCGCAUGGCUUUGAUGGGAUCCAGCAAGGCCAACAUCCUGCACAAACCACCAGGCCAGGCGCCACGGCCGCGAUAAAGAGAAGGGGCCGCGGACUCUUGACCAACCCGCGCAAAUGGUCACUCAAGAAAAAGUUGAUCGUGGCCGUGUUGCUCAUCGUGGUGCUUGUUCUCGUCAUCGCCGUCCCUGCCGGCCUCCUGCUGAACAGAAAGCGCAAAUGCAAAUGCCCUGGCUGGUACGAUCGCAAGAACAACUACUUCCCGGCCACAUAUUAUCCGUGUGAUGGAAAAGGAAAGGACCUGAACACGAACAGGAUGCCUUCAUCUGCCCGGAUGUUCGGCUCUGAGUCUAGCACCAUCUGGACCAGGACUCUGGAGGCUAAGCGGUCAGAUUGGAUCCGCUUUGAGCACUACGAGGCUCCCAGGCAGGCUUUCAGGACGGGUUAA